AUGGAAUAUGAAAACAUUACUGAAUUUAUUCUUCUGGGACUAUUUAGUAAUGCAGAUGUGAAGACUCCUUGCUCUGUGAUAUUUUCACUUUGCUAUCUUGCAAUUCUUUCAGGAAACCUGGCCAUUCUUCUCACCAUCAGGGGAAGCCACCUUGGUGAGCAACCCAUGUACUUUUUCCUCAGCUACCUGUCCUUCAUGGAUGUCUGCUUUACUUCCACAGUGGCCCCCAAACUGAUCAUAGACUUACUGGUUCAGUGGAACACCAUCUCCUUCAGUGGCUGCGUGUCCCAGAUGUUUCACGCACACUUCUUUGGAGCCACUGAGAUCUUUAUCCUGGUGGCCAUGGCCUAUGAUCGCUAAGUAGCCAUCUGUAGACCCCUUCACUAUGUGGUCAUCAUGAGCAGAAGGGCGUGCUACAUCCUUGUGAUGGCUUCUGUCAUUGGAGCUUUUAUCCAUUCACUGAUGCAGGUGUUGAUCAUUAUUCAACUUCCCUUCUGUGGCCCCAAUCAGAUAGACCACUAUUUCUGUGACAUCUUCCCCCUGUUGAAGUUGGCCUGCACUGACACAAGGCUCUUGAAGAUCAUAAUCGUUACCACCACAGGGAUGCUGUCCAUUCUGACCUUUGUUGCCUUGGUAAUUUCUUAUGUCAUCAUCCUGUCCACCUUGAGGACUCGCUCAUCUGAGGGCCGCCGCAAAGCCCUCUCUACCUGUGGCUCGCACAUCACGUUUGUGCUCAUGUUCUUCUUGCCCCUCAUCUUCACCUAUGUCCCCAUGGCCGAUUCUGUCAGCGAUGACAAAGUGUUUGCUCUGUUUUACACCAUGAUUGCCCCCUUGUUCAACCCUCUCAUCUACACACUGAGAAAUGCAGACAAGAAGAACGCCAUGAGGAAAGUGUGGGGCCCACACAAAUUGUUGGAAGGGACUUGGGGUUGGCGCCCUUGGCCUGAUCUUGUUCUCUGCACUGAAUCAAUGUCAGUAAACAGGGCAGGUGCAGAGAGGUGGUAUGUGUCACCCACAGCAGCAUGUCUUGAAGAGAGAAGACCCCUGGCCACUCUCCUUCUGUUGCUUUACAUUUCUGAGACCGUACACAAAAGAAGGGAACCAGAUGAUCUCCAGGUUCUUCCUGGCUCUGACAUUCUAGCAGUUAAUCUGUUCUUCAUAAACCAAGACAAAAGGAACAUUAUGUUACUGAUAUUGAUUCAAAUUAGAAAUGCUUCAUGGUUUGUCAGAUGUGCCCUGUCUCAGGAAGCAGGUUUCUCAACUGAGACAUCUGUUAUAGAUACAGACAAUUAG